AUGCUUUACAUUAAAAAGGAGAACGCUUCUUCAUCUAUUUCGAAAGAACUAGUUCCUCUAAGAGAAGUCUCCGUCAAUGUUCACAUAAAUUCGUUCGCUGCUGAUGUCACUAUCACUCAAUUGUUUCAAAAUGACGAAUCCGUGCCAAUUGAAGCGGUCUACUGUUUUCCAGUUGAAGAAAAUGCUGCUAUCUAUGCGUUCAUGGCUCACAUAGAUGACGAACGUGAAAUCAUUGCCGAACUGAAAGAAAAGAAAGUAGCACAACAAGAGUAUUCAGAAGCAUUGGCUUCAGGUCAUGGUGCUUACUUGCUUGAGCAAGAUGAAGCUUCCAAGGAUAUAUUCAUUGUUAGUGUAGGAGCACUGAAACCAAAGAGUAAAUGUCGUAUUACUAUUAGUUACGUCAGCGAACUUGAUCUUUUGCAUGGAAAUGAAAAGCCAAUCAUUCGUUUUGUCAUUCCUACUACAAUUGCACCACGUUAUUCUCCUGAACACAAAGGUAUUUCAUCACCAGGCGGAACUCAAGCUCAAUACGCUGAAUCAGUUCCUUAUGCCAUCGAUUUACAAUGUCGUGUGGAUCGAUUAGCUCAAAACGUCAGUGGUGUUUCAUCACCAUCGCAUCCGAUCAAAAUAGACAUGAGCAAUCCCGACAAUUUUCUUAUUCAAUUCAGUCAACAAUCAGUUCAACUAGAUCGUGAUAUUAUUAUUGAUGUUGAAUUAUCACAAACGAAAACAAGUAUAAUCGCUGCUGCUGAAAAGAGCGCUCUGAUGAUUUCAUUCAUGCCCAAUGAACAGGAUUGUCGACAGAACAAGGACAACACAACUGAUGAAUUUCUAUUUGUAAUCGACUGUAGUGGCUCGAUGCAAGAUGAAAACAAAAUAGGUCUUGCACGUAAAGCGAUGUUACUUUUCUUGAAAAGUCUACCGGUUCAUUGUUAUUUCAACAUUAUUCGCUUUGGAUCGUCAUUUAUACCGCUCUUCGAUACACAGGUGUCGGUGCAGUAUAAUGAGAAAACGAUGGAUCAGGCAGAAACAUUGAUUAAAAACAUGUCUGCUGAUUUGGGUGGAACGGAAUUACUUAGACCAUUGACUUGGCUUACGGAAAAUAAACCAGCUGAAGGGCGUAUGAGACAAAUAUUUCUACUCACCGAUGGAGAAGUGUCAAAUGUUGAUCAAGUAACGAAUGUUUGCAAAGCAAUGGCUGAAUACACACGAAUUUUCUCAUUCGGUCUUGGUCACUCGCCGAGUCGUGCGCUUGUUAAGGGUUUGGCACAUGCAACGAACGGUCAUUCUACUUUUAUUCCACCGAACACCAAUGUUGAUAUCCAUGUAGCAGAGCAACUGACCCGUGCUCUUCGUUCGGGUCUGUCGAAUAUGAGCGUCAAAUGGAAAACCAACCAAACAGUGCUUCACAGUCUGUCGGAACGUCCAUUUCCUGUCUUCAUCGGUGAUCGAAUGCUGUUUUAUGCGCUGCUUGAUGAAUCCAUACCCUUUGAUGAGAAAACAACAGUUGAACUAUCAUCGAAAGAAUACUCAGAUCCAAUCAGUAUAGUUUCGAUUCAACAGCCGAUGUCAAAUAACAGUUCACAAACGAUCACACGUUUAGCUGCCAAAGCAAUCCUUCGCAAGCUUCAACAUACUUCGAACGAUACACCUAAGGAAUUGCUAAUUGAUCUUUCCACCAAAUACGGUAUACUUUGUCCAUACACGGCUUUCAUUGGUGUUGAGAAACGGCUCGAUGCCAACAAGGAAAGUAAUACAAAUAUGGAAUUACGUGAAAUAUCAAUUAUGCCUGGGCCUACAUACCAAAACUUACUCAAUCAACCGGGAGGCUAUGGAUCUUCAGCUGGGUUUCCUACGCUUGGCAUAUUGCAAACUGAUGUUGAUGCCGUUCGUAGUUUGAUGAGUGCAAAUGUGCAAUGUGCGUUGACUAGAAGCGAACGUCUUGAUUCGUUGGCGGCGCAAGCUGACUGUUUGAUGUUGGAGUCUGCAAUGUUUUACAAGAAAUCUAGUACGAAUGUUGGUUCUAUCUUCAAGCCAAUUGCUAAUUUUGCUUCGUCGUUUUUUACAAAAAAAUCUGUUUCUAUUGAUACGAAAGAAACAUUAUCAACUAAUCAUCGAGAUCUCGCUGUAAAUUGGCCAACAGAUGAACAACAGCUGAUUGAACGCUUCAUUGAGAAACAGCAGUACGAUGGAUUAUGGAAAUUAACAGACGACGAUAUUAAGAAAUUAACUAACAAAUCGCUCAGUGAUUUCAUUCCAUCGCAAUUUUUUACGAUAGACAACAGUACUCAACAGAUGAUUAUCACAACGGUCUUAGCAAUAGUUAUACUGGAGAAGCGUUGUGCUUCGAACAAGACACUGUGGCAAACAUUAGCAAACAAAGGUCGAAAACGAGUUCUAGAACUACUUGAGGGAGAUCAGACCAAACUCGAACUGCUAAUAAACCAUGUUUCUCAACAAAUAGCUUAA